AUGUUUCGUGGAAACCAUUUAUUCUCAUGUUCUGAGAUGUCGUUACAUUCAGAUAGUGAAGUAGAUCUUCUCUUUCCAGUGGCAGUAUAUACAAGUCCCAUAGAAGCACUUGGUAUUCUUGAAAAGAAAGCACAUGAUGUUGAUUUUGUCAUGGCAGCAGUGGACAUGGAAGAGUUGAAUGGCUUUCAGUUCCUGGAAGCUGCCAAAGAUAUGCAUAGAAACCUUCAAGUGAUUAGUGUUGGAGAUAAAGCCCAACAUGGAAAAGAAGUUGGAGAGUCCGUAGCACAGCAAAAGGAUGGAACUAAAACGACCACUCAACUCAAAUGGAUACCUUUCCUAGAGAGCAAGUUUUUAUAUGCUCUUCAAAUACUUGGAGCAAAUGCAUCGCCCAGCAAGAUAAAGAUAAUCAUGAACGUGGACACUGUUACGACGAAACAAAUUUCUGCGCAUCUACAGAAACAUCGAAAACGCAUGGAAAGGGAAGAAAACAUGGCAACGUUAAUGGAUAGCCACGGGAAUUGUGCCUCAAGUUCUAAAUCCGUGAAGACUCGCCAUACAACCCCUUACACGCCCGGCUAUCAUUCAGAAGACGUAGUCCAAAGAACAAUGAUGCCAAGCUUGUUUGGAGACACUCAAGGCGUUGAUGUAUCUGCAGCAAUGCGAAGAGCCUUACAACUUGGGGCAGCUUUUGACGAGUUCCAGUAUUCCAGUGGUCCUUCUAGUGACGAACCAUGUGAAGUUAUUGGACAUAUAACAGGAGAAGAUGGCAUCGUUGAUGAAGCUAAUGGCUCAAAUUCAUCUAGUCAUGAUCAAGUUGCUGCUCAAACAUACAAUUCAAGAGCUGCACAUGCGAUCACAUUCAGGAACAAUUAUCAUCAUGACCAAGUCUCCAACAUAAGUAAGGUUCCGGUUGAGGGCCUUGUAGACUAUCCAGAUUCCGAGGAUUCUGAUUAG